GAGGUGAUGAUCAUUCAGAAAAUAGUGAUGGAUCUGCAUCUACAAGUGGUUGUUCCUCCUUGGUAUCUUCUCACAAAGAUAGACCUAAUUUCCUACCUAGUCCCUGCCUCAGACUACGUGAAAAUGCCUUCGAAAAUUUGCAAGGUGAAAUUAAUGAUAACAGAAAAAAUGUAACUCCACAGAAAAAUAGUUUACCAUCGAAUGUGAAUUCAAGUAGGUCACCUCUAUGGUCAAGUACAUCAAGACCAUCAGUUAAAUAUCCAAGAUCACCCUCGAUUAUACAGAGCAAUCAGCCAAGUUUCAACUUGAGCAAAUUUAUUGGUCCUUCAAAAUUAAAUCCCCUGGUUGAAAGAAAAGUAGCUUCACCCUUCUAUGAAGGGAAAACUAGUUUUGGUGGUGCAUCUUCCAACUGUAGAACAUCAUUAAGUAUUGCACCUUACCAGGUUGAAAGACCUUUGAAAAAUCACAUCAGAGUCCAAGUUAAGCAAUCAGAAGACAGCCUAGAAGGUAUGAGUUCUGCUGCUAGGAGAAUUUUACAAACACUGGAAAAAAUGUCGUCACCUGUCAUGGAUGCUAAGAAAAUUCCUAACACAAACAAAUCUCCUGUUGAUUUGUCUUUAUACCUAUCUCCACGUAAAGUACGUAGGAAUACUGUAUUAACGCCAACAAGUACAACAAAAGGGCCACCUAUAGCUGAUAUAAGCACAAUAUCUAGAUUAGCUACACUAAAAAAUCAUGGGCUCAAGAGGUGUAGAAUUUCUCCUGUGGAUAAAAUAUCUACUGAAUCUUCCAUUCUGAAUGUUGAAGAGAAAGAGCAUAGGCAAAUAAUUACAGACCAAGGGGGUUUAGCAAAUAGUUCUUUUGAUGAUGUUUCGAAGGGAGGAGGUGGAAAGAUGCGAACAAAAUUAAAUCAGCAGCAUCGCCCAUGCAAGGAAGUGUCAGAAAAUGAGGUGAAUUAUGAUGCUCCUUUGCCUAAUAUACCUUUACCAAUUUCAAAGUUGCCUACCUUCACUUUUCAUCCUGACAGUCAAGUGGACAAGACUAGUUCUGUUGCAAAAAGCAUGUCUUCCUUUGCUUAUCAACCUGAUAGACAAGUGGACAAAACCAGUUCUGUUUCCAAAGGAUUUGUGUUUUCAGAUCCGAUAGAGCUAAUGUUACCCAAUUCAGCACUGCCUGAAACAUCUGUUUCUCAAGAGGGAACCGCUCAAACAGAUCUUGUCAAAAAUGACCAGAGUGGAAAAUCUUUCAAAUUUUCAAGCCCAAUUGAACAUACAUUACCAGCACCCGAUCUACCUUCAACAGAAGCUAGUUUGCCAAAAAGCACAAAAGGCUUCAGUUUUACUGCUCCUUCAUCUACAUGGGAAUGUGGAACCUGCUGGGUUAGAAAUCCAGAGACAGAAAAUAAAUGUUUAGCUUGUGAAACAUGGAGGCCUUCAAAAGAGCCUUCUGCUGAUGUAAAGCCUUCAUGCAGUGAUCAGCCAUCCUCAAUCUUUAAAGCUACAUCAGCCAGUACAGAUAGUUUGUGUGUAGCAAAUACAUCUCAGACAUCAGUGACUUCUGGCUUUAAAUUUGGUGCAGGGAUUAAUACUUUUGUGUCUUCUGCAUCUACUAAUAAGACUACUGGGUUUAAAAUUCCUAUCAGUUCUGCAAGUUCUCAUAUAGCAUCCUUUGGAGGUUUUUCAUUAGAUUCUUGCAAAACAUCUAUUUCAGUGAGUACUACUGAAAAUAAUGUAUCGCAUUCUUCAGAGAUUGAAAAGUCUACAGCUGAAACAUGUAUUAGCGCAUCAGCAUCAAAUAAUACCAUCUCUAGUCUUACGUCGUCUAAACCUAUGACUGUUUCUACAUCUGUGAGAAAUACUGACAGUAUAAAAGAAACUCCAUCUACACAAGAGGCAAGUAGUACUGCAGAUACUUCAUCUGUGAUAACACCUGCAAAAGAAACUGAAAGCACAUUAUUAAAAGGGAAUGUUGAUAUAUCUAAUACUGCUGCAUUUAAAUCAAAUAAUAAUGUAGAAUCUGUGACACCAUUCCCAAAGGCAUUUAUUCAUAAUGAUGCAAAUCUUUGGGAGUGUGACACAUGUUUGGUAAGGAAUAGUCAAGAUAAAAUAAAGUGCAUAGCUUGUGAAACUUUGCGGCCAAGUAAAGGAAAUUCCAGUGAGAAAAAAGACCUGACAAGUUUCAAGUUCAGUUCACCAUUACAGAGCUCGCCACUGAUUUUCAAAUUUGGUAACCCCUUACCUACAUGCCAGUCUACUGAUACUAGUUCAAGUUUUAAAUUUGGUGUACCUCCAAAAACAACUGUAAGUUCAUUUUUUGGAACAUCAACUCCCAUCUCUGAUAACGUAAAUGUAUCAAAAGCUGUAGAAGCUAGCAGCAGUUCAACAGUUACAUCAGAAACACCAUCUUCAAAUACAUCUGCAGAAAACCAGAAAUCCAUUGUGACUUUCCUGCUCAGUGAAAAGAAAGAUAAUACUGAAGAAUCCAAGCAAGAAACAAUUGCUAAAGUUGUUACUGAAGCCAUCAGUAGUUCAGUUGGAAAGAGUUUGCAGACUUCAAAUGUAAGUGCAGGUGCUCUUUUUGGACAGAGUCCAACUGUAAAUGCUUUUGGUGCAGUAAGUUCAAGUACAGAAACACAAGCUAUUGCAACAUCAAGUUCAACAUCGUCUGUAUCGGCUGAACUUAAACCAUUUUCUGUUCCUGUGGUGUAUAGUUUUAGUUUACCUGUUCAACAGCAAGAUUCUAAAAAAGGAUUAUUUACAUCGCCUGCUGAGAAAUUAAGUACAGCAUUCAGUUUAUCAAAAUCACAAACUGCUAGUGGAGAUUUUCUGUCUAAAGAUGCUAAUAUUAAGGUGUCGAGUGAUCUGGGUGCUCAAAAUGCUGAUCAGGCUUCAUCAACCCCAAAAGAAAGCCUUCCUGUAAGCUCAGGAGGGUCUUCAAUUUCUUUUCAGGUACCUACUAAUUCUCAGCCUGUAACUUCGUCCUUUGGGUUACCGGUAUCAGCAGCACCAGUAUUUAAAUUUGGUGAAAAAGAUUCUUCAAAAACUGUUUCUGAACCAUCCUCAAAAUCUGGAAGUAUUUUCCAGUCUAUGAAUCCAACUCCAGCUGUUCCAACCUUUAACUUUCUUAAUACGCCUUCAAAUACUAUUGCAAGUUCUACUCCUAAGCCUACAGAAACACAAGCUACGUCAAAUAACCUUCAAUUUCAACCAAGUGUUACACAAAAUCAGGAUAUGAAGUCAGUUUCUGUUACACCUUUUUGCACAGCUGCAACAUCAAAUUCUUUUACUUUUGGGACUUCGACUGCUGCAUCUGCUUCUGCUCCUUCAGGUUUCUCGUUUUUUGGUUCAGCUGCUACUUCAGUUGCAACUGGUAACACUAGUGGAUUUAGUUUUGGAGCAUCUUCUAACACAUCUGUGGAGUCUAAGCCUGGUGGAUUCACUUUUAAAAGUUUAAGUGAUGAUAAAUCUAGCUUGGUGGCUUCUAAUGCCCCUACCUUCAAUGCUUCUACUGCAAAUACUGCUAGUUCAUCUGUUUUCAAAUUUGGUGCAUCUGCUCCUGCCUCUACUGGUGGUUUUGUUUUCGGAGUUCCUAAAAGUGAGCCUCAAAAUGUUACACCGGCUUUCAGUUUUGGUACAGGACCUGCAUCUGCCUCAAAUGAGUCAACCUUUUCAGGAUUUCAACCAAAUCAAACUGUUACUCCAAAUUUCCAGUUUGGUACUCAGACAUCUAUGAACUCUGUUAAUAAUACUCCAGCGUUUGGUGUGACCAAUACUUUUGCAUUUGGCGGCAAGAACGAUACUACCAAUCAGUUGGCUGCUCCUGCAACUCAACAACCGACUGCUUCUGCAUUCGGAUCGAUCCAGCCCGUUUUUGGAAAUGCAUCUGCUCCAUCAUUUGGAAAAGUAGAUAAACCGGCAUCUGGCGGGUUUAAUUUUGGGGCUGCUGCUUCUUCAAACCCAGUUUUCGUAUUUGGGUCAACGGAUAAAAAACCAGCUAUGACACCUGGAUUUUCAUUUGGGACUCCUACACAAUCAGAGACUCCCAACUCUUUCCAGGCUACAUUUAAUAUGAACACACCUCCUAGUUUCAAUUUCGGAGCUACAUCUACUCCAGCAGGACCUUUUCAGUUUGCGGCAAAUAGUGACAGUGCGAGUCAGGCAUCAGCAGCUCCUCGAAAGUACAGGAAAGCUCUAAGAAGAGGAUUGCGAAAACAAGAAUGAGUGUGAAAGAAGACGACAAAAUCUGUUUAUCUGUGAAGCAUUUUUAUGUGUACUGAAAGUUCACCAAGCCAUGAGGUGCCUCCUACAGAAGCUUGCAAAUGGCAUCUGAUAAAGUGUACAUUGCUGCAUGCAACUUAUAAUACAAAAUUCCUUUGUUAUCAGUUGGUAUUUUGCAAGAUCCCCAGAAAAGUUGUAAUUUGACAGUGUCAAAUUGCAAAAGGCUGAAAUAUUAUUUUCAACAUUUUGGUAGCUGAAUGAAAACUGAAAGCUGUGUCUUGAAAUUGCAAGUUUAAAUAUAGACUGUGAUGUAUAUAUAAAACGUGGCAGCCGUAAAUUUCCGGUUGUGAACCAAGUAGUGUACAUAGAUUAAUUUUGUUUUAGAUUCUGUAAAAAUGGAACUCAGGAAAAAAGAUAAGUCUUGAUUUUGACCAUUGACCUUGAAAACUUAUUUAAACUAACAUUUUGAAGAAUGAAAGUAAAGAAGCAGAACUUCAGCUACCAUCAGUAUGGGUUUGCUGCUUUUUAUGCCAGUAGUAGUAUAACAAAUAUUUCUGUUGUAGGCAUCAUCGAAGAAUAACUACUUAGUAUUUAACCCUGCAUCUUAAAUAUAUUCAUUGGAAUGCAGUUAGGGGGGUGGGGAUUUUCCUAAUUUCUGUAUUCACCAGACCUUUGAAGCUGUGUUGUGUUCAGUCUUCAUUAUCCAAAUUGGCUUAACAUUUGGAGUUUGUUGUUUUCAUAAUAGGAAUAAAGAAUUAUCAAAGUGAAAAAAUAGUGCCAUAUUUAUUCUAAAAAAUAUAUAUUUUUUUUAAAUAUUCAAGUUGUUAUUCUUUUGGUUUUUAUCUCGAUAAAAUGAAUUGAUGCUUUAUGACAUAUUAUUUAUAUUCACUUUUUAUGAUGGUAGUUUGGGCUGAAACUCCAGAUAAUUUUCUCUUUGGCAGAUAUGUAAAAAACAUUUUAAUGAAAUCUUCAUUUAAAAAAUUUUUAAAUGGAACGUUACUCAUUUUCAAUUAUGUGUGAAAUGCGUGUACUUUUUAAGUAUUUUAUUGAUGAAUAAUUUUUAGUAUUUUUACAAAUUUCAUAGUGGAGCUCUUUUCAUUUGUUUAUAAUUUAUAUGUGCUUCAUACUAAGCCUUUUACAUUUAUUAUAUAUCUUAAAAUGUCAAUCGCUGAAAAAUGUUUUCUGUUCUCUGUACAUAUUUGACUUCAGAAAUGUAAAUCUUGCAUAUUGUAUAUUUUCUUUUCUCAAGUUGUUAUAAUUGAGUGAAAGUAAAGAGUACAUGUAAAGGUGUUCUUAUACGAAAAUGAUCAACAUUUAUGUAAUAAAAAAUUUGAAAGCUUUCCAAGUGAAGACUACGUUUCAAUGUAGUUGGUUUUUAAAGAGCAUGAAAAAUCUAUUUUUGAUAAUGGGAUUGGGAGAGUUGUGGCUGUUCAAUUUUUUGUGUCAUUGUUAGGUUGAAAAUUGUAUCUAGACAUUUAGUUCACAAUAAAGUUUUUGUUUCCAAGUUAUCUCAAAA